AUGUCGGUCCUACUGCUGCUCCUCCUUCUCCAACUUGCAAUUCCACCCAGCCUGGCAACCUCGGCGAUGGAUGAAGCCCUGUCCGUGGAAAAGAGGGAUCCACCGACUAUUCCAGUCUUCCUUCAGCAAACCUACAAAACCGUCUCUGAAAUAGGCCUCGACUGGGAGACUUAUCCCUAUGAUCACGAGUUCACAAAGCGAAUGUUUAUUGAGGGUGCACCGUCAAGAAAAGAAGUUGGAAUUGUGGUAUCCCUGUCCCUGGCUUUCAUACUACUCCGGCACUUCAGUGAACCGAGGCUCAGAGUAGGUUUAGACGAAAUGAUCACUCCGCCUGUCUUAUUAGAUGCCACUUGGUCACGUGGACAACGAGAGUCAAGAGGACAGAUGCUGAUUGGUGGAUUUGAAGUGUGCUGCAGUGGUUACAGUUCCAUGUUGAGGGGCAGUGACCCCCACAGAGGAGCAUUUACGGAUGAGAUGCAUAUUACGCUUACCAGUCUGAUGUCUCCUCUGUUCACACACAGUCUGCCUGUCAUUUGGUAUUCAAGGGUCAACGACACAUUGCCACCAUUCGAAUGUCUCCAUGCUGCGUGGCUCAGAGUCACCACCUUCAGCCUAUGGGGAUCUAGGAUAACCUCUACACGACAACACCUUCGUGCAGGACUUUAG